UUGAGUACUGGGGAUCAAGCAGCAAAAGGAAACUAUGGCCUCCUUGAUCUAAUCCAGGCUUUGCGAUGGACUAGUGAAAAUAUUGGGUUCUUUGGUGGUGACCCAUUAAGAAUAACUGUUUUUGGAUCCGGUGCAGGCGGUUCAUGCGUCAAUCUGUUGACUUUAUCCCAUUAUUCUGAAGGUAACCGUUGGAGCAAUUCAACCAAAGGACUUUUUCAAAGAGCAAUAGCUCAAAGUGGAACAGCUCUCUCCAGCUGGGCAGUUAGUUUCCAACCUGCAAAAUAUGCCAGGAUGUUGGCUACAAAAGUUGGUUGCAACAUGUCAGACACUGUAGAAUUGGUAGAGUGUCUACAGCAGAAGCCUUAUAGAGAACUUGUGGACCAGGACAUUCAACCAGCACGAUACCACAUAGCCUUUGGACCAGUAAUUGAUGGCGAUGUGAUACCAGAUGAUCCUCAGAUAUUGAUGGAACAAGGAGAAUUCCUGAACUAUGACAUAAUGUUGGGAGUUAACCAAGGGGAAGGUUUAAAAUUUGUUGAAAAUAUAGUUGAUAGCGAAGAUGGCAUAUCAGCUAGUGAUUUUGAUUUUGCUGUUUCCAAUUUUGUCGAUAACUUAUAUGGAUACCCUGAAGGCAAAGAUAUAUUGAGAGAAACUAUUAAAUUUAUGUAUACUGACUGGGCAGACCGACACAAUCCGGAGACCAGAAGGAAAACACUGCUAGCUUUAUUUACUGAUCAUCAGUGGGUUGCACCAGCGGUGGCUACAGCAGAUCUUCACUCGAAUUUUGGAUCGCCUACAUACUUCUAUGCCUUCUACCAUCAUUGCCAAACAGAUCAGGUACCUGCUUGGGCAGAUGCAGCCCAUGGGGAUGAGGUUCCUUAUGUACUGGGAAUCCCUAUGAUUGGUCCUACUGAAUUAUUUCCCUGUAAUUUCUCCAAAAAUGAUGUCAUGCUAAGUGCAGUGGUGAUGACAUACUGGACGAACUUUGCAAAAACUGGUGACCCAAAUCAACCAGUCCCACAAGAUACAAAAUUCAUUCAUACUAAACCCAAUCGUUUUGAGGAAGUAGCAUGGACCAGAUACUCUCAAAAAGACCAACUGUAUCUUCACAUUGGAUUAAAACCACGAGUGAAGGAACAUUACAGGGCCAAUAAAGUGAACCUGUGGCUGGAACUGGUACCUCAUCUGCACAAUCUUAAUGACAUUUCACAGUAUACCUCGACCACAACUAAAGUGCCAUCAACUGAUAUUACUUUCAGACCAACAAGGAAAAAUUCUAUACCUGUUACUUCAGCCUUUCCUACAGCCAAACAAGAUGAUCCCAAACAACAACCAAGUCCAUUUUCAGUGGAUCAAAGGGACUAUUCCACAGAGUUGAGUGUUACUAUUGCAGUUGGAGCAUCGUUGCUAUUCCUAAACAUUCUGGCCUUUGCAGCAUUGUACUACAAAAAGGACAAGAGGAGACAUGAUGUUCAUAGGAGAUGUAGCCCACAGCGUACUACUACCAAUGAUCUUGCCCAUGCACAAGAAGAGGAGAUAAUGUCCCUCCAAAUGAAGCACACUGACUUGGAUCAUGAAUGUGAGUCCAUCCAUCCACAUGAGGUGGUUCUUUGGACCGCCUGUCCCCCAGACUACACACUAGCUAUGAGAAGGUCUCCUGAUGAUAUUCCCUUAAUGACACCCAACACCAUUACAAUGAUUCCCAACACUAUACCAGGGAUUCAACCCCUACACACAUUCAAUACCUUUACUGGAGGACAGAAUAAUACUCUGCCCCACCCCCAUCCCCACGCUCAUUCACAUUCAACAACCAGGGUAUAGCCAGACAAGAUGAAACAAACUUUAUUUUUUUUGAUGGAUUACAAUAGUGACAUUAAUGAAGAUUACUUGGCUUUCAACCUACAAGACUCUUACUAUUUAAAUAUGGAGGAAUAUUAUGUGAAUAUACAUAUCAAGAACUUUUGGGGUUUUGAAAAAAAAAUGAAUUGUACAUAUAUACAAAUGAACUUAAAAAAAAACUUUUGCAAUUGCUUGAAGCAAUUGUCCUGAAUGAUACUUUUUCAUUCACAUUCAACUAUUAAUUUUUUAAGAUUUAAGUUACAUAAUGGAAUUAGGCAUGUGCAACACAAACAGAAAAGAACUCUGACUGAAAUUAAAAAAAAAUAAAUCUAUAAAUAUGCACAAGGGACACACUAAUGGAAUGUCAGAUAAUUUUCACCAAUUUUUAUUUGGAACUGUUUUAUUGUGUAGUCCAUAUUUACAUAUUUGGAUAAGUACACAAAGCACCAAUGCUGUUAAGGCCUUAGUAAGGGGCUCAUGCUGAAAUCUGCCAGCCAAACAAAGAAGUUUUAAAGCCUGGCAGGUACAACAUUAUCACAUAAGUGCUGUCAGUAUAAAAGUUGUGGGAAUAAAGGAAACUGAAUAUUUUUAGCACGACGUGCAUGAUAAUUUAUAUGCUUGGUGGCUGUGCUGCUGAUUAAGCCGUAAUUAAAAUUCUUCUCAUCCCAUUGGAGUUUUUAAUAGAAGCUUCCUCCAUCAAUUGGCACAACCUAAAAAAGAUUUUUUUAAAGCGGCAAAAGUAAUUACAGUAAAAUAAUUCACAGUAGCUUCAGUAAGAGAAGGAAUUACAGUAGUUCUUAAAGGUAUUUGAUGGUAUUCUAGGUAUAUAGUGGUGAACACUCGCUCAGUGAAUCCCAGAGGGAAAAAUAUCUUUCUGUGUUUUUAAUGUUCUCUUUUGUUUCCACCUAAAUAAUUUAUAGAACUAUAAUCUUAAUGGAACCUCUUUGAUGAAGGAUUUAUAAUUCGCUGUGGUUUAGUUACAAAAUAUUUAGUUCAUAUUGGUAAGAUAAAGUGUGUCCAAAGAUUUCAUUGCAAGAAUAUUUUGCAGUAUAAAGAUGUCCCAACAUUGCCACUCUGAUUACAGAUCUGUUACUGUUUGAACUCAUGGUGCAUGUGACAAAGUUUACUGCUAAUAUUUUAAUGUAAAGUUAUUUCCCUUUUUGCUAUACAUUAUCCUUGCCAUUCAAGUGAAUUCACUGGAUGAGAUCUCUAUAGAGUGCAAAUGUAGAUAGAGAGGGUCUAUAAGGAUGGAGAGCCAACAAAUGGAAAUUUUUAAACCUGAAUCUUACAUUUGUUUGUGUGAUUUUAAAUGGAUGUUCUAAAAUCACAAGAAACUCUUCAUUCCCCUGUUGUUUUCCAGAAACGGUAUAUCACAGUCCUUUCAAAAUGUUUGUAUAUGUAAUCAGAUGUACAUUUAUAUAAAAAAAAUGAGAUGGACUUAAGAGCACAUCCCUGAUAAAUACUUUCUCUUACCUGUACUAUAUUUCUAUUAGACUAAAGUUAUGUGAUUUUUUUUUACAUUUUUUCAAAUUACUAGCAAUUUUGAUAGUUUGUAAGAUAAUGCAAAGAACUCUCUCUGACAAACUAACUGCAGUAACAGAAACAUUUCUUUUCAGUUACUCUUUUUCAAGAACGAAAGCUUAUUACACACACACACAAAAUUGUAUACUACUUGAUGGAAAAUUACUUUGUACUUCUUGGCCAUAUUACUGGUCACUGAGUGAAAUAAAGAUAAUCUGGAUAACAAGUAUUAUUCCAAUGCUAAGAGAUCUGAUCUUUGCUCAUUAAAGAGCUAAAAUGUUUAUUGCUGUUUUGUCAUUUUUUAAUGAAGUAAUGGUAACUGUCUCAAAUAAAGAGUCAUUUCUUAAGACUAGUCUGGUUUUUGAAGACAUGGAUAUGCCUUCUACAGAUAACACAACUGCAUAUUUAUAGGCCAGUCCUAUCUAAAACAGUUCCUCAUAAGAAUCAUGACAUUGUGAAUGUAUGAUGUCGCAGUAUUACAUUAAUUACCACUACCCACUAACUUGCCAUAAUUUUUCAGCCAGAGGUAAGAAUUAAAAAUACAUACAUCAAAUUUAGAAAUGUCAAGGAACAGAUAAAUAUGCAGUAUUCCAUUAAAUGAAACUCACCUAGUUCACACUGUGAGGGUGAUUAAACUUUCAUAAAAUGAUUUUACUCGAAACUUACCCUUCAAAGUGUGUUUAAGAACAUCAAAUACAGACUUCAAAAGUGACACUGAAAACAAAAUAACAAAAACCACUGCAGUUUCAGUCAUUUUCUUUAGAUAAACUAAUAAAAAAAUAUCCACUAACAAUUAAUAUAAUAUAGCUUAUCAUUCCCGGUUUUAAAAGGAGCAUUUCUGGUAGAAGCAUAAAGAUUGAAGUCUUCAAAAUCCAGGAUGGUCUAUGUGCAAUUUCUGCCUGAUGUGGUUGUGCUUUUAGACUGUGACCUGCCAAUGUAAACCAAUAAAAAGAAUUGUCUGCCAUCUGAUAAUUAUUGUUUAAUAGGAAGAUUGUAUUUUGCUAUGUUAAUGAAACAAAACAAAACAAAACCGUGAAUGGCCAUAAAACAAGAUAUACACAAAAUAUGAUUUCAUGUGCUUUUCUUAACUUUAGCAAACUCAAAAUAAUUUUCUACUAUAAUUUAAUGGUGGCCAUAUCUAUAGCUAUAUAUAGUAUCUCUAUAUUCAGUAUCUGGUAAUUGUUUACUUUUAUUAGCUCAGAAAUAAAUGAUUGAGGUAAACCAAGCAUGACAAUAUACUUUUUCUUUUCUG